AUGGGGUGCCUGACGCUUCUGCUGCUCUUGGGGGUUCCCCACGUUUGGGGAAGUUCUGAGGUCCCAACCGCGCCAAAGAAUUUCACCCUCCGGUUUCUCCAGAUCUCGUCCUUCGCCAAUAGCAGCUGGACGCGCACUGACUGCUCGAUGUGGCUGGGGGAACUGCAGACCCACAGCUGGAACAAUGACUCGGACGCCUUCAGCUUCCUGCUGCCCUGGUCCCACGGCAACUUUAGCGAGCAGCAGUGGGAGAAGCUGCACCAUUUGUUUCAGGUUUAUCGGAUCAGCUUCAAAAGGGACGUGCAGGAAUUGGUCAAAAUGGUGCACGGAGCAUACCCCAUUGAGCUCCAGAUUUCUGCGGGCUGUGAGGUGCACGCUGGGAACGGCUCAGAAAGCUUCUUCCAUGUAGCCUGGCAAGGAAUAGAUAUCCUGAGUUUCCAAGGAACUUCCUGGGAGCCAGCUCCAGAGGCCCCACCUUGGGUUCAGGUGGUCAGCAAAGUACUCAACCUGGACCAAGGGACAAAGGAGAUGGUGCAGUGGCUCCUCAAUGACACCUGCCCCCAAUUUGUCCGUGGCCUCGUUGAGGCAGGGAAGUCAGAACUGGAGAAACAAGAGAAACCUGAGGCCUGGCUGUCUUAUGGCCCCUCUCCUGGUCCUGGCCAUCUGCUGCUGGUGUGCCAUGUCUCAGGAUUCUACCCGAAGCCCGUGUGGGUGAUGUGGAUGCAGCGAGAGGAGCAGCAGCCAGGCAGUCAGCGAGGUGAUGUCCUGCCCAAUGCUGAUGGGACCUGGUAUGUUCGAGUAACACUAGAUGUGGUGGCUGAGGAGGCAGCUGGCCUGUCUUGCCGAGUGAAGCACAGCAGUCUAGGUGGCAAGGAUAUCAUCCUCUACUGGGACAGGAGCCAUGUUUCCUUGGGCUGGAUCAUCUUGGCAGUACUGGUGCUUCUUCUGCUUAUUGCAGGUUUCAUCUUGUGGUUUAUGAGGCAUCGCUCCUAUAAAAGCAUCCUGUAA